AUGUCUCAGCACUGCCGCCGGCUGCCCCGUGGGCCAGACGCGAUGGACUUGCCCGUGAGAUUCCCCGCUAAAAGUAACUCCUGGGGGAACAGCAACAGUUCGAUGAUGGCCCAUCCCGAAUCUGAUCUAAUGGAGGAGUGCCUGAAAGAAGAUUUAAGGUUUUACUUCAUGAAUCCAUGUGAAAAAUAUCGAGCUAGACGUCAGAUUCCAUGGAAAUUGGGGCUGCAGAUUUUGAAGAUUGUAAUGGUGACAACACAGCUCGUUCUUUUUGGUCUGAAUAACCAGCUGGUGGUCUCUUUCAAAGAGGAUAAUACUGUGGCUUUUAAGCACUUGUUUCUAAAGGGAUAUUCUGGCAUAGAUGAAGAUGACUACAGUUGCAGUGUCUAUACACAGGAAGAUGUCUAUGAAAGCAUGUUUUAUGUCAUUAACCAGUAUCAUCGUUUAAAGAAUAUAUCUUUGGGCAUGGUUGGUUAUGAAGAAAAUGAAGAUGAUAGAAUUGGCUUGAAAGUAUGCAAACAACAUUACAAGAAAGGCACUGUGCUCCCAUCCAAUUAUACCCUCAACAUAGACAGUGAAGUUGAAAUAGAUUGUAUCCACUUAGACCCUGCUAGUGAGAAUCCAGGACAUUGGAUGAAUUCUUCAUUUUUCAGUCUAGAAUUUUAUAGGCUUUUAGAAGUUGAAAUCACCUUUAACCUCAGAGGCAUUGACCUACAGACCAUCCAUGCUCGGGAGCUACCAGACUGUUAUGCCUUUCAUAACACUAUUACCUUUAACAAUAAAGCUCACAGUGGUAGAAUAAAAAUCUAUUUUGAUACCGAGGCCAACAUUCAGGAGUGCAAAGGCUUGCACAUAUCUGGAUCAAGUCAGAAAAAUACCCAAUACAUCCUGAUGUUCGAUGUGUUUGUUAUUGUGGGCUGCUUUACUUCCCUUAUUCUGUGCACCAGAUCCAUCGUCCUGGCCCUCAGAUUGCAAAAAAGAUUUAUAAGGUUCUUCCUGGAGAAAUAUAAAAGACGUGUGAGUGAUGCUGACCGCUGGGAGUUUAUCAACGGAUGGUACAUUCUUGUGAUCAUCAGUGACCUAAUGACCAUCAUUGGAUCAAUAUUAAAAAUGGAAAUCAAAGCAAAGAAUCUCACAAAUUAUGACCUCUGUAGCAUUUUGCUUGGGACAUCCACUUUGUUUGCUUGGGUCGGAGUCAUCAGAUACUUGGGCUAUUUCCAGACAUACAAUGUGCUCAUUUUGACGAUGCAGGCCUCGCUACCCAAAGUCCUGCGGUUCUGUGCUUGUGCUGGGAUGAUUUACCUGGGGUACACUUUCUGUGGCUGGAUUGUCAUAGGACCCUACCAUGAGAAGUUUGAAGACCUGAGCACAGUGGCCGAAUGUUUGUUUUCUCUGGUGAAUGGUGAUGACAUGUUCGCAACCUUUGCUCAAAUCCAGCAGAAGAGCGUCUUGGUGUGGCUUUUUAGUCGUGUGUAUUUAUAUUCGUUCAUCAGCCUUUUUAUAUACAUGAUCCUCAGUCUCUUCAUUGCACUUAUUACAGACUCCUAUGACACCAUUAAGAAAUACCAACAGAAUGGCUUUCCUUCAACGGACCUUCAGGAAUUCCUAAAGGAAUGCAGUGGCAGCGAAGAGUACCAGAAACGAGUCCCCACCCCCGUGACCUUUCUCUGCUGCUGUCAGAGGCGAGGAAGUGAUGACAAUUUGAUACUUAUUAACUAAGGACCUGCUGGCGAGAAAGAAUGGAACUUCAGGCCUCCUUACACCUUGGAAAUGCAGGGUGGGACCAGGCCAUUGUUGUUGAAACAGUUCUGCAAAUUGCAAAGAGACAGUUUGGACCUGUGUCUCCAUAAACAGACUGACUUACUGAACUGCAGAGUGGGAAAAAGAAGUUGCUACUCGCUGUUGCCCACUGGCUGAAGGACUGAAACUACUUUUUACAUGAACUUGAAUUACAAAGAAUAGACCACCCAUCUCUCCAGGAGCUUAAGUACAUUAGGGUAGGGACAACUAAUUUUUUAUUUUUCAGUUUGUCUUUUUAUUUAUAGGAUGAAACAUUUGGCAGGUGGAAAUAGGGAGAGGAAGUGAAAGAAAUAUUGCAUAUUUCAAAAAGUGUAAAACAAAGAUGUUAAAACCACAUACAUAGAGAGAAGCCGUUCGUGGUGAAGACUAAAGGGAAGAAAAGCAGUGUUUGGGUUGGAAGAUGUUUUAAUGAUUCACACAUAAGUGAGGUUGGCUGCUGGACUAAAUAGAAAAGACCCCAAACUGAAGACCUGUUUUUUAUUUAUAUAUAUAUAAUUUUUAAAAGAUUCUUAAAAUGAGCUAAAGUAAUUUACUCUUAUUAGAGACAUUUCUUGAUCUGUGUUUUAAAAACAUUUUUUCUGUGGUUUUUUUUUUUUCUACUUCAAUGUUAACUUAGAAACUUUAAUCUUAAUGGGUUGGCUCGUGUAUUAGCUGGAGACUGGCUCAUUUGAACCCAUCCCUACCAUUCAGGUUACUUGGUAACUGCACACUAACCUAAUUGAGGGUGGGGGGUGGGGGAGACACGGUUGUUGCAUGGACAGCACACAUUUUAAUGUAAACCAAUUCCAAAUUGAACACUAUUAAUGUGCUGUUUACCCUUCAAGUUAUGAUAACAUGGCAAUUUGUUAAAUCAAUAAAUAUAUUUUUUAUGACG